AUGUGUAAUUAUGUAAUUUUCUCCUGCUCUUUCAGAGUCUUUUUGCGAGCAAUUAAUCAGUAUGCAGAUAUGCUGAACAAAAAAUUUCUUGAUCAAACCAGCUUUGAGCUACAGCUUUGGAACAACUAUUUUCAUCUUGCUGUUGCUUUUCUUACCCAAGAGUCAUUACAACUGGAGAAUUUUUCAAGUGCUAAAAGAUGCAAAAUACUUAACAAGUAUGGUGAUAUGAGAAGACAAAUUGGUUUUGAGAUUCGUGACAUGUGGUAUAAUCUGGGCCAGCACAAAAUCAAGUUCAUUCCUGAGAUGGUGGGGCCCAUGUUAGAAAUGACACUGAUUCCUGAAACUGAGCUUAGAAAAGCUACAAUUCCAAUAUUCUUUGAUAUGAUGCAGUGUGAGUUUCAUUCUACCAGAAGUUUUCAGAUGUUUGAAAAUGAGAUAAUCACAAAACUGGAUCAUGAAGUAGAAGGCGGAAGAGGAGAUGAACAAUAUAAAGUGUUAUUUGACAAAAUUCUUUUGGAGCACUGCAGAAAACAUAAGUACCUUGCCAAAAAUGGUGAAACUUUUGUUAAACUUGUGGUACGGCUGAUGGAGAGACUUCUAGAUUACAGAACUAUUAUGCAUGAUGAAAACAAGGAAAACCGCAUGAGUUGUACAGUCAAUGUACUGAAUUUCUACAAAGAGAUUGAAAGAGAAGAAAUGUACAUAAGGUAUUUGUACAAGCUGUGUGACCUGCACAAAGAAUGUGAUAACUACACUGAAGCUGCCUACACAUUACUUCUUCAUGCAAAGCUUCUUAAGUGGUCUGAAGAACCAUGUGCAGCACAUCUUACUCAACGGGAUGGAUACCAGGCAACAACACAAGGACAACUCAAAGAUCAGCUCUAUCAGGAAAUUAUCCAUUAUUUUGACAAGGGCAAGAUGUGGGAAGAAGCCAUUGUCUUGGGCAAAGAGCUUGCAGAACAAUAUGAAAAUGAAAUGUUUGAUUAUGAACAACUUAGUGAAGUACUGAAAAAACAAGCACAAUUCUAUGAAAACAUUGUGAAAGUAAUAAGACCUAAACCAGAUUACUUUGCUGUUGGAUAUUAUGGACAAGGAUUUCCAACAUUUCUACGGAACAAAGUUUUUAUUUAUCGAGGAAGAGAAUAUGAACGUCGUGAAGAUUUUGAAGCAAGAUUAUUAACCCAGUUUCCUAAUGCAGAAAAAAUGAAGACUACGUCUCCUCCUGGGGAAGAUAUUAAAAAUUCUCCUGGGCAGUAUAUUCAGUGCUUUACAGUAAAGCCAAAGCUUGAUUUACCAUCAAAAUUCCACAAGCCUGUAUCAGAGCAAAUUUUAAGUUUCUAUAGGGUGAAUGAGGUUCAGCGAUUUGAGUAUUCACGACCCAUUCGAAAAGGAGAGAAAAAUCCAGAUAAUGAAUUUGCGAAUAUGUGGAUUGAGAGAACCAUUUAUGUGACAGCAUAUAAACUACCUGGUAUUUUAAGAUGGUUUGAAGUCAAAUCUGUAUUUAUGAUUGAAAUCAGUCCACUUGAAAAUGCAAUUGAAACCAUGCAGUUAACAAAUGAUAAAAUCAACAAUAUGGUUCAGCAACAUUUGAAUGAUCCAAAUCUACCUAUUAACCCUCUGUCUAUGCUGCUAAAUGGCAUUGUGGACCCUGCAGUCAUGGGAGGCUUCACCAAUUACGAAAAGGCUUUCUUUAAUGAGAAAUACAUAUAUGAACACCCAGAAGAUCAUGAAAAAAUUGAAAAACUAAAGGAUCUAAUUGCAUGGCAGAUCCCUUUCCUGACAGAAGGUAUCCGAAUUCAUGGUAAUAAAGUAACAGAAGCACUAAGGCCAUUUCAUGAGCGGAUGGAAGCCUGUUUUAAACAACUGAAAGAAAAAGUUGAAAAACAAUAUGGAAUCAGAAGUCUUCCCUCAUCGGUAGAUGACAGACAAGGCAGUCGGCCAAGGUCUAUGGUUAGAUCAUUCACAAUGCCUUCCUCUUCAAGGCCGCUAUCAGUUGCUUCAGUUUCUUCAAUCUCAUCUGACAGUGCUCCUUCUAGACCUGGCUCUGAUGGGUUUGUGCUUGAGCCCCUUCUGCCAAAGAAGAUGCAUUCUCGAUCACAAGAUAAGUUGGAUAAAGAUGACUCAGAUAAAGAUAAGAAAGAAAAGAAGAAAGAAAAGAGAAACAGCAAGCACCAAGAAAUAUUUGAGAAAGAAUUUAAAUCGACUGAUAUUUCUCUGCAGCAGUCUGAAGCAGUGAUACUUUCAGAAACUAUCAGUCCACUGAGACCACAAAGACCAAAGAGCCAAGUUAUUAAUGUCAUGGGAAGUGAAAAACGGCUUUCUGUUUCCCCACUGCCACCUGCUCAAAGCGUCCCUCCACCAAUCACUCCAAGAACCAAGCUUUCAUUCAGCAUACAGCCCAAUCCAGAACUAAAUGGCAUGAAUAAUUUGGAAAUGAUGGACAUUCCUCCACCAUUACCUCUGAAAGGUAGCAUGGCAGACUAUGGAAAUGUCACGGAGGGCCAUGAAUCUAUUAGCCCUGCCACAUCCCCACCUGUACCUCAAAGACAACUGCCACCUCCUUUACCAAGUAAAACACCGCCGCCGCCGCCUCCAAAGACCACACGGAAGCAGGCCUCUGUGGAUUCUGGGAUUGUCCAAUGAAGAAGAAAAGAUACCUUGAAAGACUAAGUUGUAAAAUUUCUAUGCCUUAAGUAAGUUUAAAAUAUUUGCAGUAUUUUACAUCAUCCCAAAUCAACAGCACGAAACAUUAAUUGCAAUGAUUCUCACAUUCCAACAGUUAUUAAUAUCUCUAGGUAAGGUUAUGAAAUUAUUGAACUGAACUGCAUUCCAAAGCAAUCAUGAGCUGUUUUUUAACUAUAGUUCUGAAUGGAUUCUAGAACAAUCAAAAUAUAGUUAAGAAAUUGCAUUUGCUUCUUUAUCAUUGUAUUGGCAUAUGUAAGCCUUAUGAAAAGAAUUGUCCUAAUGCUUGCAAUGUAGUUUAGUAUUAUAAUUGUAUAAUCUUUUAUAUUAAGGUAUUAGGAAAACCACUUAUCAUGCUCUGGGCUUACAUUAGUGUUGGUCUUUCAUGCAUCGAUUGGUCCUUAUUCAAUCAAUCACUGGCUAAAUAAGUUUUUGCUUAUAUUUUAGUGCAGAAUAUAUUUUAGGCUCCUGGGCAGGCAUUAAUUUACAGGGAAUAGUAUCUUAUCUGCAAAUGUAGAAAUCUAAAAAUAUAUAGGGACAAAAAUGAUGCUUUUGGAACAAAAUCAAUCUUAACAUUUGUAUUUGAUUCACAGUUGUGUCACUGUGUACAGACAUUAUGUAUAUAUUACGGUUUUACAGUGUCUUUAGUUUCACUCAUCCUGCUUUUAAGUAAUAAGUAUAUAGUGUAUCUUUAAAUGUGUUAUGGUAUUUUAAAUAUUGAUAACUCUUAAAAAUAUAUUACAAGCCUAACAGAGUAAUUAAGCUCUGAAAAUAUUAUGAAGAAAAUCAGAAAAGAAACUAACUUUUUAAAAAUGUCAUUGUAACUUUUUAAAAUCAUCUACAAAUUUUAUAACCUGAACCAUUGUUUUAAUAUUGCUCUGCCAAAUAAAGAAAUCUUUUAAAGUA